AUGGGUUCCCAAAAGCGCAAGAGGGAGUCGAUGGACUCUGCCAUUGCCGAUAUGUCCAGCGACGACUCGUCGUUGUCAAAUUCAGGAUCGCCAUUUGGCAACUCAGGCACACAACUUACAGAAGUGUCUUCGAUGGAAGACUCUCAGUCGAAAAGGGUGAAGAGCAACCGUAGUGCAGAAACGUUUAGCCUUAGUAUUCGUGACUAUGGCACAGCUGCUUCACAGCGUCCUCGAAGGGGUGCAUCGCCUCAACUUCUGCCAGCAAACCCCGAGCCUUCGACCCCACCGAAACAGAAUAAAUCAUUGAGGAGGCGCAUUGCUGGUCAGCUCGGCGACAAACUAUCCACAGCAGCAAGCCAGGCUCCUGCUGACAAGGCAAUUGAGCGAGUGCACAUGCACAUGCACGAGGUGAACGGAAACAAUGCAGAGCACGAACAAACGCCUCAGCAGGACCAGUCAUUCACUGAGCUACCCACACCUCCACAAACCGUGAAGAAGACAAAUACUCAAGCAAUUCCGCAGUCAUCACUUCGCAGAUCUACCCGCGAACGACGUCCCACAGAGUGCUCACAACAACCCUUGGAUGAAGAGAUUACUCCGCGUGCUAAGAGAACUAAUAAAAAACCCCAAACCGAACCUGGCGAUCGAGGUAAAACUACAUUGUUAAUCAAAAAGCACAAGUCCUGCAUCGUCAGCCUGCGACUACCGUCAGCCUUGAAACAUCAAGAGCCUGAACAGUCAAUGUCCCUUACAGGCUCGUUCAUCUACCGACAAAAACAGCGUGACGACAAUGACACGCAUGAAUCUCGAGAACAGAGCGCUAGCUUCGUCGAUAACGGCAGCUUACAGCCACAUGAUUCAGGGCCCUUUGCGCAGCCGCGGCCAGAACCAAUACUUGCAGACAGCCAGGAUUUCGACUCUUCUCAGGCCCGACCAGACGAGGAAGACUUUCACGCAGCAGCUCACAUACAAGAACUCCAAGGCGGUAGCGUAGCCGUACGGGAACGCUUCAGUACAUCGCAAUGGAUCUCUCGACAGGCUUUCCAGAGACCAGUCAUAGCUUUGACACCCGACACGUCACCGCGACGACCGGACUACCCCCAUGGCUCACCUUCAAUGGUGCCGAACGAUGCUGCAAUCAACAACAACUCAUGGCAAACGCAGCCGACAAUGCCUUGGUUUCCCUCCUGGAAUGCUCCAUCACCUGGAGGUACCCAGCAAGAGCCAACAGCCGCCAAACAAUCGUUCUAUGCUUCACAGGCAACGACAGUCGAUGAAGAACCGGGGCAAUUCCCAUCCCCCAGUGGUACAGGUCCACUGAAUAAACAAUACCUUUACGAUAUUGCUGACCAACUUUCCAUGCAUCGCACUUUGGGCUCGCCGAAACCAAAACCUGCCGGUCAACCUCCAGUGUGGGCUGACGGACGCAUGGAACUCUGUGAGACUUUACACUACUUCCGCAGCUAUCAAAGCGCUUCUUAUUCCACUGGUGGCUUUGCCAGAGGCUUCAUGUUUGACAAGGUAGCUCAUCCUCGCGAUUACAUUGACAGCAACGUCGUCAUCGCCCGAGCCAGUGGUGGCCAGGUAAAGGACAAGAACUCAGGUGAAAUGAGGGCCAAUCGCGAUCAGGUCGAAGACACAACCUCGAAUAAUCUCAGAAACUGCAUGAAUCAUUACAACCCAGUGGUAAUUAUCACAGGGGUCGACAACCCGCACAUGCCAUCUCAGCCGCCAUACCAGUAUUGCGUCUUGGACUACUUCAAGCCUACUCACAUCUGGACGGAGAAGAGCGGGACUAGUAAGAUUGUGCGUUACCGCUUUGAGAAGCUGAACGCAAGAAAAGAGUCUUGGUGGCGCCCACGGGAUGUUGAAGAUCAUAUUGAACUUGGCUCCCUCCCGCCACCGUUUAUUAAGUCCUGCGGCACCUGUGCUCGCAAAUCACUGCAGAUUUACCUCGAUGGUUGGAUGUGCUUACAGCCUACGUGCGGGUCAUUCUGGCUCAUUUUACCUUCUGGACCCGACUCUCCUCGAGGAAGUGAGCCCUUCGAACCUGAUGAAGCGUCCAUGGUCUACGACCCGCGCUUUCUCAAAGGCCACACACCAUGGCCAAACGACGAUCAUGAGUAUUCUUUGACCUCCAAUGAUGCGUCGCUCUCCGACCAUUCUAUUCCAGGCGAAAACACAUCGGAAGCUUUCAUCAGAGGUCUGGUAUGUCCCUUGUGCGGACGCUGCAACUCUCGCGUGGACUGGUCAGGCUGGGAAUGCCAAAAUGCAACAUGCGAGUGGAAGAGAUCACCACCGCAUACACUUAUCCCAGCUGUAUCCCUCCGCGAGCCUCUCUGGCCGCUCACCUACAGCUACACGCUAUCUCGCGAUACGCACUCGCCUCUCAUCACAGCCAAUGUCUCUUUCGCACACAACUACCGCAUUAAUCGCUACACAAUCCCCGGUAUUGACGGAUUCAUCACGCACAUGGUCGCCAAUAGGGCUAUUGCAGAAGAGCCCAACGGCCCGGACUCUAUGUACGAAGAACUACAACAAACAGACAUUGGUCUGCGCCGUCGCCUCAUCGACAAUAGCCAACUUAAGGGCGGCACCUACACGCGCAACUUCCUCGUCAACUACGGAAUGCCCUACAAAUUCAUUGCCGCAACCGCCUCGCACCCGUUUUCGUCCGCCGCGCGCCCCAUCACCGCAACACGCAGCCGCUUGAACUGGGCUGCGAAGUACUUGCUCUCCCACGGACUGCCUCACUCUCCCUCUUCCACGGUGUCGACAUCAAACUCAUCCCAAGCCUCGCGCUCAUCCAUACAAUUCAAAGAAUUCGAGGACCACGAGUUCAACGAAGUGCUCGCGCUCGGCUACUUCGAAUCCCAGAAGAUCUCGUACCACGACGACGGCGAAUUCGGGCUCGGCCCUACAAUAGCAACCCUGAGUCUAGGUGCGCCAGGUACGAUGCGCAUCCGUCUGAAGGCGAAGCACCACCUCGGCGUCUCCGCUGCAGGCGUCUACACCGACGCCCUCCCUCUACCAGGCUCCAACAACUACACCGCCCGCCUAGCCGUGCACGACGACCUGCAGGCGCUCAAGUCGUCCGAUCCGAAGAGCUACAGAAAGAGACUGAAGGAGCUGUCAAGGGAAAUGAACCUCGGGGCCAGCGGGAAUGCAAAGGAUGUGCUUAAGAUGGAAGUUGGGCAUGGUGAUGUGGUGGUCAUGCAUGGCGCCCAGCUGCAAAGGUACUACGAGCAUGCUGUUGAGCAUAGUGGGAAGUUGAGGUUCGCACUGACUUGUCGGUACAUCGACCCUGAGUCUUUAGGCGAGGGGGGGAAGCCGAGCUAUCUGGUGGAGAGGGAUCAAGGGGGGUAUGAUGGUGCGGUCUUGGAGCAACGGGGUGGAGGGAGUGCGCUGGAUCAUACGUUGACUUGA